GUGCUAUUUUUUGCCGAGUAACAUUAAGUGAAUUUCUUUCGUGAUAAUACACGUACAUAACUGUUGUAACAAUGCCAUUCGAGCUGUUUGUAAAUGAUGUUAAUGAGAAGGGGGAAAAGUAUCUCCUUAAAUCCAUUCAUUCGAAUUCUCCCGUGGAUGUCAGCUUCACAAAUCUGACAUCGCGUCCGGUGAACUUGUGGUGGCGUAACUUUGAGGGCAGGAAAGUAUUUUACGGUCGGAUUGAACCGGGCGCUAAACACGACCAGUCCACGUACUUGACACACCCGUGGCAGGUCACUGAUGUCUGUACCGAGCAGUACCUCAUGAUUGACAACAGGCUAAUAUUCAGAGUGCCGUCGGAGAACGUGGGCCGUGCCAGGCAGAAUUACAACAUCACCGCGCCCGACUCUUGCUGUUCUCAUAUUUCUCAUGAGUCUGCCUGUGGAAACGUCUACUAGACUCGCUCAUUCUUCUCCUUUCUGUCUGGCAUUUGUUGCAACCCCAGCAUGGAGUCGAGACUGAUUGUCUACGCGGAGCUGUGUCGUGAAGAAGGUGUUUCAAGAGUUGGUACAUUAAAUCUGACUGUUUCUGACGAUGGACGAAGGUCUAGACAGAAAGUGAGAGAAUACUGCUGCAAUUAAAUUAAUUUAAUGUUAUGGUAAUUUACUCAAAACUUGGUUCUGUAACUUCUGUACUUAUAAGGAGCUAUUCCAUAA